ACUCCAGGCAGUUGGAAUGAAGAAAAGCUCCAAGAGUGAGACAGAUGUGGACAUCCAAGUCUUGUCAGUUUAAGAGGAUGCCCUUACCCUGUCCUACACUGCAAGAAAUGAUGUGCGCUGCAUGUGGUGCUGAUGCUGCGUGCUCCUGAGCUAGAAAAAGCCCCCUGGAGUCUGAAGUCCAAUCAGAGCGCUUAUCAGACUUCACCAUCCCGUCUCGUCGGCGCACUCGUUCACCACAGUCCCUCGUCUCUCACACUCUUCCUCCUGCCUCUGACAGGAAGAUGGUACCGUUCACCGAGCGUCCUGCACGCGGACCAAAGGCGUCACUGGCCGACUCGCUCCGGGACUUUUAAACUCAUCAUGCCGUGUUACACUAGGUUUCUGCUUUUACUUUUGUGUUUGAUCCUGAUCGGGGAGUGCAGGAAACACAAAACUAGGAAAAAGCGGUGGUCCGCGCCGACGGAGACUCACAAGCCCGGCACUCCUCUGUCGAAGAAGGUUGUGGAUGGAACCAAAACCCGAAAAGUGAAGACCAGCCACCUUCUGCGCAUAGACGAGCAUGACUUCACCAUGAGGCCUGCUUUCGCAGGUCCAGCUGUCCCUGUUGGAGUGGAUGUUCAGGUGGAAAGCUUGGACAGCAUAUCAGAGGUAGACAUGGACUUCACCAUGACCCUGUAUCUGAGGCAUUACUGGAAGGAUGAGAGGCUGGCCUUCCCAAGCUCCACCAACAAGAGCAUGACAUUCGAUGGGCGCCUUGUGAAGAAAAUCUGGGUGCCCGAUGUGUUCUUCGUCCACUCUAAGAGGUCUUUCAUCCAUGACACCACCACUGACAACAUCAUGCUGCGGGUCUUCCCUGACGGUCAUGUCCUGUACAGCCUGAGGGUUACAGUUACUGCAGCAUGCAACAUGGAUUUCAGUCGUUUCCCUUUGGACUCGCAGACAUGCACACUGGAGCUGGAGAGCUAUGCUUACACAGACGAAGACCUGAUGCUGUAUUGGAAAAGUGGUGAUGAGUCCCUGAGCACUGAUGACAGGAUUUCUCUAUCUCAGUUCCUCAUCCAAAAGUUUCACACUACCUCCAGACUGGCUUUCUACAGCAGCACAGGCUGGUACAACCGUCUGUACAUCAACUUCACUCUGCGGCGUCACAUCUUCUUUUUCCUGUUGCAGACCUACUUCCCUGCCACUCUCAUGGUCAUGCUGUCCUGGGUGUCAUUCUGGAUUGACCGCAGGGCAGUCCCUGCCAGAGUCUCAUUGGGUAUAACCACAGUGCUCACCAUGUCCACCAUCAUCACUGGAGUCAAUGCCUCUAUGCCCAGGGUCUCCUACAUCAAAGCUGUGGAUAUUUACCUCUGGGUCAGUUUCGUUUUUGUCUUCCUGUCUGUACUUGAAUACGCUGCUGUCAACUACCUGACAACGGUGAGGGACGGUAAAGACCGCAAACUCAGAGAAAAAGUCAGGGAACAGUCUCAGACGCUCCCCUGCACCUGUGGCAUGUCCCACACCAGGACUAUGAUGUUGGAUGGGACAUACAGUGAGGCGGAUGCCAACAGCCUGGCAGGGUACACAAGGGCCUCCAUGGCAGCUGAAAAUGCGUCUGAAAAACAGGAGCGAAUGGUGGUGCAUCUCUCCCUGGAUAACGAGCCCACAGGGACUAAGAAGAAGGGCAUCCGCGGCUUCCGGAUCAUCCAGAACACCCACGCCAUCGACACCUACUCUCGCAUGAUCUUCCCUGGCGCCUACAUCCUGUUUAACCUGAUCUACUGGUGUGUGUACUGCUGAGUGUGUGCAUUUUAGCCUAAACUGUAGCAGUCACAGGAAAAACUGCAAAACCUUUUCAUUGACUUUAGAAGAGAGAUACAGUUGUUUCCAGUCUGCAUGUUGAGGAGGAGCAACGAGUUUGGCUGGAUGGCUAAAGAAUAUCAGAGGCUUCUGGGUAUGAAUAUCUUAAACUCUGGCUCACAUAUCACCGCUGGACGGGACCACUUAUACAGCUUCUCCUUCUUAAUAUAAUUGUAUCACAAGCUCAUAUAUACCCCAAUCAUACUCCUACAACCUUGUGGGGCUGGUUGCACAAGUUUUGCUCUUAGUCUUGUCUAAUGCCAGUUGUAAAUAAAAAACAGACUAAUUUUAAACCUAAAAAUUUUGCCACCAUACCCCAAGGCUCUGGCAAUGGUAUCACACUUGACUCUGCAACUCUUCCUACUAUCAGUAUGCCCACCCCAAAAAAGAGGUGACUGCCUACCAAAUAUCACAAUGUUUUAAAGCUUUUGCAGUAACUUAUUUCGAUAUGAUUUUUUUGUCAGCAUUAAAUGUUAACUUCAGCAUUAACACUAUUUUCUGCAUCCCUAUGUCUUUCCAUUUAAACAUUUUUCUCUGCUACAUUCAUCACUGAAUUUUAUUUCUGUAAACUGACUUACAACAUCUUGUACAGCUGCAUCCAUUUCAUCCACACUUGUUGCUGUUUUUCAUCGGUGUAUCUAGGUAGGUAGCUAGCUAGCUAUGUUGGAAGAUGAUGUCCCCAUUCUUAAUCCCGCCUAUAAAGAACGAAGCUACAGAAGAUCUUCACAGAAAGAUGAAAAACACAAACCCUGGACAUCUUGUCACGUUAUAAAGUUGGUUUUGGCUAAUGUGUUAGCAAUCAGUUGCCUAUUUACACAUCCAGCAGACAUGGAUCAACAUUAGCUAAAUGCUCCACUAUGUUCACCAGCUAGUCGCUAACUUUGUUUCUCUGUCUUUUGGAUCUUGGUAUGGUUAAUAUAGAAAAUAUUAAUUAGCAGAGCUUUCAGAUUGUCAAGAAAGCUUUGCACAACUGAAGAACUUAACUUGGACCGUUAAAUCUGAGCCAUAGUCAAAUCUUUGUGCAACAAACCCCUGCCUAGAAUUCCCUAAAUAAAAGACUGUUCUCUGAAGCUCUCUAUCUUCAUGAUCAAACUGUCAUAAUAAUAAGAGCAUAGAAUUUGGCUGCUAUUACCGCUGUAACCUUUGGAGCUGACUGAGUCACAUUACUGAAUGUGUCCAGAGCAGAUGGCUAAUGAGGCAGUAAGUGAUAUAAAUACCUGCCUUUCUUCCCUGAACAGAGCACUGACUACAGUGACAACAUUUCAAUUAAAGUAACAGUAAAUGCUGCUGCCCUGUAUUACUCAUGGACUACUGUUGGCAUUAACCAGACUGAAGCAACCCAUAAAGCCAGGACUAAACAGGAUCUUACUACUUUAUGGGUUUUAAAGCACCAUACACCACAGUUGCUGAGCAAAGUCUUUAUCUAUUUAUGUAGUUACGGGCUUGUUCAUUCACUGUUUUUUGUUAAUUUAAUAUUUAUUUAUUUAUUUAUUUUUUGUGCAGCAAUAGAUCCAUGUGCCAUUAUACCUUAAGUUGGCAAAGAUGUGCAAAACAGGGCUUAUACAGACACUGCUUGAUGCUUGUGGCAGAUACUACUACUACUACUACUACUACAGAUAAUACUGUAUCUUUCUAUUGUAUAGAAAGAUGUUGUAUAUUUCUUAGAAAGGACUUAAAGGUCCAGUACGUAACAGUUGGAGGCGCUAUUGGCAGAAAUGGAAUAUAAUAUUUAUAAGUUUUAAUUAGUGUAUAAUCACCUGAAAACCUACCUUAGAAUAAGCCGUUUUUAACUACAUAGGGACUACGUAGUCCAUUCCCACGGAGGUCGCCAUGUUGCACCACUAUGUUUCUACAGUAGCCCAGAACAGACAAACCAAACACUGGCUCUAGAUAGGGCCAUUCGCGUUCUCUGUGUAGUUUCUCUUACACACUUGGAAGGGGAGGGUGAUGCAAGCGGCAUUCAAAUGGUUGCAAACUGCAAUUUCACCACUAGAUGCCACUAAAUCUUACACCCGGAUCUUUAAAAACAUGGAAAGCUUUACCAGUGAUGUAACUAACUUGAACCACCUUAAGUGAACAUUUUUGUAUACACCAACAUGGUUUAAUGGCUGUAUUUUUGUUUUUUCAUUUGUUUGUUUGAGUACCAUGAGUGACUGCAUAGUUAUGUUGGGGUUUUCUAAGCAGUAUUCCAUCUCGUUUAGCAUUUAACUAUGGGUAAAUAAGUGGUGAGUAAAUAGUAGCUAGAAGCUAUUCCUAACCUGACCACGCUGUGAUGUAUGUGAUUUCACCUAUCACAAGUGCUGCAGUUUCAUUCCAAAAUACUGGUUUACAAGUCAGUAUUUCUAAAGCGGAUUCUUCCUUCAGAAAUCAUCACUUUUUAAAGUUAGAUAUGAAAUUGAUAUAAAUUUUCUCAUCUGUGCACAUCAAGUACAAAGCUGGAUUAGCUUAGUUUAGCAUAGAGACUAGAAGGAAAUAGCUAACCUAGCUUUGUCCAAAGUUCAAAAAUAUACCAACAGCACCUCUAUAGCUCACUAAUUAACAUGUUGUAUCUGUUGUAUCAUUUGUUUUAUCAGUACUCAAACAGAAAUGUAAGAAAGAAACUUGGGGAGAGACUAGCUGUAGCCUGUCUAUUUAAUUUAACUUCAUUCAUUCAGCUUGACAUUGUGUUCAUGAACUUUAAUUAUUUUUACCCUAACCAAUCAGAAGGGAGUGACAUAUCCGUCCUGCCAACGUCAUUUGGUCUUACAACAACCUGUACAGCUGUGUCAAUCUCAUCCACACUUGUCGCUAUUUUUCUGUCACUAUUUUCGUGAAUGUAGCUUGGUAGCUGGCUAGCUAUGUGGCUAUAAGGUCCCCAUCCAUAUUCCGCCUACCAAGCUCUGACUGGUCAAAUGUUUCUCCAACCAGGUCAAGCAGCCGUCAGUGCACACAACACCAGACCUAUUUGACUCAGCAAACAAAUCUGAGGUGAUUCCGGGGUCUGGAACCAGGCUAGGCUAGCUGUAUCCCCCUGCUUCCAGUCUUUAUGCCAAGCCAUGCUAACCACCUCUGAAUAAGCAAUAAUGGCUUUAGCUUCAAAAAGCUAAAUGUUUUUUAUUUAUGUAUUUAUUCUUUUUCAUGGUGCAUAUCAUUUUGGAAUGAACUCUCAUAACGGCAAGUCAGAUGGUUUCUCGGUGCAAAAAACAAAGCAAGAUGACAAGCACGCUUGCAGUUCCAUCAGCUUCCAAACUAACAUCACUUCUCUACCUUCAUCUGCAGAAAAUGUUCAGAAUGUAAUGCUUUCAGAGCAAAUUUAAUAAAGUCUUUCUUUCACACA